AUGCCUGCAACAGCUUCAGACCUCGAAGAAGCCUUUAGGCCAGUAAACGAAUGGGACUCGAAGAUUGCCGCCAAACUAACUGAGAUUUGGGUCAAAGACUCCGAUACAUGGACAGAGAGGAACAGAAUCGAGUUCAAAUCACUGUGUGCCGACGCCCGUAUCACGCGCGCAACAACCACUCCCUCUAGCCACAAGAUUCAUCGGAAGAUACAAGGCCGCAAAGCCACAGCAGCCGAGUACACCAUUCUCUCCGUCAUGUUUGGCAACCGCGCUGUAAAUAGGCUCUCCUGGGGUGCUCAAUUUGCAAGGCAGAAGACCAUACUUCCAGUCGAAAUCGGCGUGGUGACACAAGACGUGAGAAGAGUGCUGAGGGAGACUUGGAAGAGCCCAAAAACUGAGCAGACUCCCAAACCAGAAGAGCCAGAACCCGGCAUACAAAUGUCCGGUGGUUUGGGUCAACCGAAAGCAACCGACCACAAUGGGCCAGAACCCCAACCGCCACAUGAAAAAGUCCACGAGGCCCGCCCUGUCCUCGCAGGAGGGGAUCCUCAAAGUCAGGCAGACAAGAGCACUGUUGGAAACGUCGGCGACACGAAUGGCAGUUCGCGCACUACUGCGAGAGGCGGCAAUAAAGCCAGCGCAGGCCUCGAUGGAAGAGACAACAUACCAGCCGGACGCCGAACACGACCCCGCAACAGCGGUCGUAAUAUCGAUCCAGACAACCCCAACGAAAAUGAAGCCACCGACGAGAGGGCACAAACAGAAACCCGAAAGGCAAAUCAAACAAGUCGCAAGCGCAAGCCGGGUCCUGCCAAAGGCCCCUCGACCAAAAAACAGAGGAAAACAGCCGGGCAACAAAAAGACCCGUGGGAUACGAUACAGAAUGCGAAGCCGACAGAGGGUCUGAAAGCAAAUAUCAAGAAAGUAGAAGCACGCUGCGUUGCUCAGGAGGCAAGAAUGGCAAAGUUAGAGGAAGUAAUCUUCGAUAUACGCGAUGAUCUGAAGAUGCUGCGGCAGCAGAUCGAUUCACUCGCCCGUUAUCUAGCGGGAUCUGGCUAG